AUGUGGAAUGUUUCAGUCAUAACAAUUUUCACACUUUCAGGGUUAAAUUUCACAUUUGAUAAGAAAAUUGUCCUCUUCUCGUUUUCUUUGUUGUGGUAUUUAUUGAUUGUGUUGUUAAAUGGCAGUAUUAUUAUUGCCAUCAUUAUGGAUAAAAACCUCCAUGAGCCCAUGUAUAUCAUCUUGUGUAAUUUUUGCAUUAAUACACUGUAUGGUACUGUUGGAUUUUAUCCCAAAUUCCUUUUGGACCUUUUGUCUUCUCAUGUAAUUUCAUAUGCUGGAUGUAUGUUACAAAGUUUUGUAAUACAUUCAGCAAUAAUGGCUGACUUUUCCAUCCUCACCCUGAUGGCGUACGACAGAUAUGUGGCUAUAUGUCGACCUCUGCAGUACCAUUCCUUCAUGACAAAACAGAGAGUCUCUGUCUUUGUGUUUUUCUCCUGGCUGAUACCAAUUUAUUGCAAGUUUAUGGGCACUGUGAUGUUAUUGGGAUCACAGUUGUGUGGUUCUCACAUAAAUAGAAUAUACUGUGUUAACUGGAUGAUUGUUUCUCUUGCUUGCUCACCACCUAAAGCAAAUACCUUUGUGGCAUAUUUUAAUAUCCUGUUUUAUUUUGGUCAUGUCGGGUUUAUUUUGUGGUCUUAUGUUUACCUGAUAAGAACAUGUUUAUCAUCCAAAAACAGCCAGAGGAGGUUUCUGCAGACAUGUUUGCCACAUUUAAUCUGUCUCUUCAUUUUUAUGUUUUCUUUGCUUUUAGAUUUAUUUUACAUGAGGUUUGGUUCGAGUGAUUUGUCUCAAGAUCUCUCUAACUUAAUGGCAGUGGAAUUGCUGUUUGUUCCACCAGUAGUUUACCCACUCAUAUAUGGACUCAAACUCACCAAAAUACGUAACAAAUUUGUGAAUUAUUUCUAUGUUGGAAAGAAAAUGCAAAAAGAGAAAUUUCUCAACAAUGAGCAGAUCUUCUACUCCCAGCUGAGUCAACUAAAAUGGUCCAAAGGAGGGCAGAAGAAAUGCUACAAGGACCUCCUGAAGUACAACCUCAAGAGCGGCACCAUUGACUGGAAGAUGUGGGAAGAACAAGGGACUGAGCCAGCUGGGGAGCGGAAGUCUGAGAAAAAUGUGGAUGAAUAA